CUUUCCUCCUCCCCGCAUUUGUUCCCUUACAGCAUGUUCCCCCGCGCACGCACCCUCGCCCUUGCGGGCUGUGCCGCGGCCGCCCUCCUGACCGCGACCACCGCCCAGCAGCAUCGGCGCCCCGCCGGUGCGGGCGUCCUCCCCGCCUCUUUGCCGGGGCCCGGGGCCUGGCGCUGGACCAUGCACUGCGAUGCGCGGCCCGCCAGCACGGGCGUUGUCCCGCCGACGGCCGGCUCCCUGGCCGGGGCCGCUGCUCCGGCCACUCCGGCGGCCGGCUCCCACGAGUCGCGGUCCCCGCUGGGCGCUUGGAUCGAGCGCUCGACCGGCCUCUAUGAGAACCGUCUACGCGCGCUGAGCCACCCGCGCAAGGUCUUCCAAUACUUCGCCUCCGUGACCCAGGUGGAGCGCGGGUCCGGCACCGGGCUGGCCUCGGUGGAUUACAGCCCGGGCUUCGGCGGGCGCGUGGUCUACAUGACCCCGGCCGACCUGAUGGUCUCGCUGCUGCCCUACCAGCCGGCCGUCGAGGAGGCCGGCCUGUCGAGCAUCAACACCUCGGUCGUGCGCCAACGGCUGCAGGAGUUCCUGGCAUCGACCGCCACCGGGCCCGGGUCCCACCCGAUCGAUGCCAUGGCGCGCGAUGUCCUCGCCCUGGCGGACUUGGAUGGCGAUGGGUUGGUGUCCUUCAGCGAGUACCUGUGCUUCGUGGCCGCGGUGUCCGCCCCGCUGGCCUGGCUCCGGGAGGCUUUCCACUCGAGCGACGCCAAUUCCAAUGGUCUGCUGGACCGCGAGGAGCUGGCCGCCCUGAUUCGCUACUGCGCCGUCAAGGCCAGCAUCGGCGCGGCCCAGGGCCAGGCCGAGCAGUCGUCUUUCCUCCGCGGGUCCACCACCUCUCGUCUGGUGACUUUCCUUCUCGGCGAGUCGGACAACCAGGCUGGCGUGUCGCUCGAGCGCUUUGAGGAGGCCCUGCUGCACCUCCGUCACGCGGUCCUCCGCCUGGAGUUCAUCUGCUACCGCGAGCCGGGCGACAUGGCUGAUGACUGCAUCUCGGCCACCGCCCUGGCCCGGGCCCUGGCGGCCUACUCGCAGGAUGCUCACAAGUUCCGGUCGGUUCGCCGUCUGGCCCGGCUGUCCCAGCAUCCGGACCUGCUGAAUGCUCGCAUCUCCUUCGACGAGUUUGUCCGCCUCGACCAGGUUGUCCGGAACCUGGACGAUGUCAUCCGCUGCCUGCAGAUCCGCUUUGCUUCCGAGGACGGUCUCUUCACCAAGGAGGAUUUCUCGGCCGCCAUCAAGAUUUGCUUUGGCUUCUCCCUCGGCCAGGCCACCGUCACUGCUCUUUUUGGCGCCCUCGACUCGGAUGAGAGCAACUCCCUGGAUGUGGAGGAGCUGGAGCGGGGACUCCGCUCGCGUGCCAGCUACGGCUUCACCCGGAGCUCGACCUCGGCCAAUGGCCCGAAGACCGGCAUCUCCCAGGUGCUGGAUGUCCUCUUCCGCAAGUAGUUGGACUUUAUUUCCCAACAGCAGUGACCCUUGCACAUGCUGGCCGUCACGAAGGGAGGGGCAUGUUUUUCAGUUUUAGCUGUCCAAUACACCGUGUGACUUUUUGGCUGUUCGUGACGCGUGGGAUGGAGGACUCGGCCGGGCCAG